AUGGCUCAGCCCCCGACCAGUGGUUACGCUCCUUACAAUGGGGACCCUGCUACUGGUGCUAACGGCAGUCAGCAGUAUUACACUGCUACUCCUGGGUAUGGUAGUGGUUACGGUGGAGCGUAUGAGCGCCAACCCUCUCCCCCAGCCUACUAUGAGGGUCCUGGUCAGUACCCUCACAGUGGUGGCCAUCUUACUAUGGCUGGGACCUACUAUCAGCCUGCUGGACCCGACAGCUACCAAAGAAGGGCUGUAAUGGAACAGCAGCAUCGCCCUGGGGGUGGCCAGGCGUUCGUAUUCGACAUGUUCAUGCGCUUGUCUGAUCGUGAAGUAGUGGCCUAUGCGGAGGAUCAUAUGAGCUCCAUCCACUUACAAGAUAUGCUUAGGAAGCACGGCACCGGCAAGGAUAAUCUGUAUACCAAUGAGGAAGUUCAACAAGUUGUGCAGCGCCUUGUGCCGCACUUCGUUACUCUGGCCUUUGAUCCGAUCGGCAACUAUGUAUCACAAGCCGUCGUGGACGUCUGCGAUAUGCCCACUUUCGAAAUGAUAAUUUCCAACCAGUUGCUGCGUGGAAGGACUCUCUAUGAGAUGUGCACGCAUACACACGGCACUAGGGUGGUCCAGAAAAUCAUUUCUGAGGCUAAUACUAGGUACCAUGGUUCGAAUCAGUUGCCACUCCUGGGUGCAAUCCGUCAAUGCUGUCUCGAAUUGGCCCUGGACCCCAACGGUUGUUAUGUCCUGUUGAAGGUCUUGGACGUCAUGGGCCAAAGUGGGUGGCUUCUGGAGAUUCUCAUUGAUCGCAUGUGCGACAUAUGUUGUAGCCAAUGGGGAGUUGUUACGGUUAAGAAAGUGAUAGAGAGAGCAACCUCUGUGGACAGGGUUGAAGCUCAUCCUCAUCUACUGCCUACUUAUCCUAACGAUCCUCCACCGUCACCAACACCAAGCGGUCCGGGAAGGACCCCAGUGAUGCAGCAGCAACGACUCCCGAUAGUGGUGGGAAGGCACUCUAGACGACUACUCAAGCUGUUCGUGGACAAUUUUGAGAGGCUUUCGAGGGACCAAUUUGGCAACUAUGCAGUGCAGCAUCUGUUACAAGGCGGCAGUGAAUUGAUGCAAACCGAUGAGGGGCACCAAGCUGUUGCCCAGAUGGGCCUCAUUGUCAGACCACAGGUGGUUGAGAUGUCUAAGCACAAGUACUCCUCGAACUGCAUGGAGCACCUUCUGGCCCAGAGCUCUCCUGAGUACGUGCGUGGAUUGAUCAACGAGAUAGUCUCCACUGGGGCAGUGAGGGAACUACUCUUGGACAAAUACGGCAACUACGUCCUGCAGAAAAUGCUCACUUUGGCUAGUCAGGAGGGUGGCAAGGCUUUCCAAACGUUGGUGGAUGCGGUCCAGCCUUGUGUGUCUGAUCUCAUGUUUGGUCCUAAUCCUCAUCAGCAACAACAGCAAGCUCCGCCUUCCCAUGGCGGUUACGGUGGCGGUAGGGCUCAGAACGAUAUUGAUGCUAGUCGCCAUCAACGCCUCGCUAAGAAGUUGAUUGCGAAGUUCCCACAGUUGAGCCCACAAGGGCGUAGGGGCAGCAGACACCAGAUGGCCCCUCAGUUGGCUGACCACAGUAACAGUCGUGGUGGUUACCCCUCGGGAGGCGGCUAUGGUGGUAUGCAGUAUCGUCAUGGUUCUGCUGGUGGAGGAGGGUCCUACUAUGGCAAUCGAGACUACCAUCAAGACGGUGGGUACGCUGGUGGUAGUAGUAGCAGGCAACACUACUACAACGGUCAAGGCUAUGGUAGCUCUCACUACGCACCUCAACCUGGUGCUGGCAAUAUGCAGGAAAACGAUUCCCGUUACUGCAGUCCUCCUUCCCCCCAAGGGGCCGCCGGUCCGCAGACGGCUGGGGGUCAACAGCAGUAUGGUGCUCCUCGCACUAUGUCAAGAUCGUCGGUAACUCCUAGUCAUGAUCGUAGUAGUGGUGAAGGCACUACUAAUACGACUACUGCUAACGCUACUACUACUAAUAAUAAGACUAAGGGUCAACAGGGUCUUGCCAGUGACAAUUGGGAGAGUCUUAAAGGCGCCUUUGCUGCUCCUCCUACCGCUGUCGCAUCUGGUAACAGCAAGGUUGGUUCUGGUCCUUCUGCCACAGCAGGUGUGAGUGGCAGUGAUCGAGUAGAUGGCUGGGGUGCCUCUACUACUACUGCUACUCCUGAGUCCGCUGCUACUGCUGAGGAAAAGGCGGUACUUGCUGCUAGUGGUGCUGGGGAGGAUCCACUUAGUCAACAGCCACCUCCAAUCGGUGGAGAAGUUAAAAGCUCCUCUACUACUGUUGAUGAGUAGUCGUCUCUACUAUGUUGCCAUUACCAAUAUUUGUUCUUGUUAUUAUUCGUAUUGGAGUAGCAGUGGUAGUUGCUGAGAUUAAUGAUGAUGAUGAUAAUAUUUACUAUUAUUAUGACUUAUUCCCGUGGUCAAUACGAUUACUACUAUUAUCCUUAUCCCAUUGAAUACGGUAUUAUGAAUACGAUAUUAUGAAUACGAUAUUGGCAUCAUUUCUAACUACCAAUUAGAGUGUAUCACUCCAUUCAGUGCUACUAUUACUGCUAUUACGACUACUUACCAUCAUAACUAGACCGAUAGAUAAUAAUGAUGAUAUUUGCCUCGAGACGGUAGUUGUUCGUCCUAGUAGUUAUGUCCCAGCCGGCCCUCGUUGUCGCUACUGCUACUAUUAUUACCCUUGUUGUUGUUGCUGCUGCUGCUGCCGUUGAUAGAUUUUCCUCCUCCCCUCACCUUGAAUCACUUUUGCUAACCUUUUCUAUAGAAUAUUGAUGAUAAUAAUGACGACAUUGCUGAAUCCCUUUCUGCUGAUGAUAAUAAUGAUCAUGAUUACGAUUGAUAAUACGAUUAUGGAUAUUUUUCGGUCACGCCAUAGCUGUAGUAUGGCAAUCCCAAUCCAGUUAAUACCAAAACUGGAUUUGGUCUGUACCGUUGAUGAUACUAUUAGU